AUGGAGGAGUACACUAGAGAGCCAUGCCCUUACAGAAUCUUUGAUGACACUGGCUCAGCAUUUGCCAUGGGUCUAGUCGGUGGUUCUAUAUUCCACUCUUUCUCAGGGUAUAAAAAUGCUGCUAAAGGGCGAAAAUUGUUUGGUAUGUUACAUGAAGUACGCAUGAGGAGUACUCUGACAGGAGUUCAAUUUGCUGCUUGGGGUGGCAUGUUCAGUACCAUCGAUUGUUGCCUAGUUGCUAUUAGGAAGAAGGAGGAUCCAUUAAAUUCUAUUGUAUCUGGUGGUCUUACCGGAGCUUUACUCGCUAUCAGAUCAGGCCCUAAGGUUAUGGCUGGAUCCGCAAUUUUGGGAAGUGUAAUAUUAGCUAUGAUUGAAGGAGUUGGUGUUUUAACAACAAAAUGGAUGGGAGCAAUGGUUGAUCCUACCGCCCCACCUCCCGAAGUUUUGGAUGACCCUAGAAACCUACCUCCAGCCAAGCUUUCAGAACCCGGUAUUACUCCUGAUUCUACAAUGCCUUUUGGUCUCCCCACCCCUCUUCCGAAUAUGUCUUAA